UAAAAGUGUGUGACGGGAGACGGUUGCUUUUUGGUUUUUUCAACCAUAAAUAAAGAUGUCAACAAUUGAUUUAACUUUAAUUCAUAAAAAAAUACAAUUAAAUUGUAUUGAAGAUAAAGUCUUCAGUGGAUUUGUAUACACUAUCGAUCCGAUAACUGGUAAUUUUGUCUUGUAUUCAUGCGUGAAUGACACAUAUCUGCCAACUAUUGUUCGUUCUGAAGCAGUUGAAAGCGUUACAGUUUUAGACGAUGAAAUCCCAUUGGAAUUAAAAGAUCUCUUCAAUGCAAUAUCUCCAACUUCGUCGUCUUCAGCAGCAGCCGGUGAAUCAGGAGAAAUAUCCAGUGAAUUAAAAUGUCGACAAAAACGCAUCCUUCAACUGUUCACCGCAAAUCAUAUCAAAGGUGUAACUGUCAAUGCUAGAAAUGAAAUAAUUAUUCAUAAUAUUGUCUGCAUUAAACCACCAUAUCAUGUGAACUGUUGUCUGGGUAAAAAUGUGAUGGCACUGGAACGUAUAAGAAAUUUAUUAAGUAAACUAGAUGAGAAGGUGACAGUGGGAGAAGAAGAAGCGGAGGAGAAUGGCGGAAGAGUAGUAAAUGGUGAAGGGGUAGUGGAAAGCAAAUAAUUGUCAUUGAUACUGAAUUGAAAUGCAUUUGUAUAAAUUCCACUUCUUGUGUAUUAUUUAUUGUGUAUAGAGUUUGCAUUAAAUAUCUUUGAAUUGUUUUAUUUCUGAUGACUUCCGUGU